UUUCUAGGCAAAGUAGAUAUCCUUUUAAAGUAUCUCUAUACUUUGGAAACUAUUUAAAAUUAAGCAACAAACGGCCAAACUCGUCAUUCAAAAUUUGGUCGGGAAGUAAGUUCGAAUUCACUGUACGCAUGAUGUGGACGAGGCCUACCGCGCGGGCAAAAAAAAAAUAAACAAAUUGUCGUCGCAGCUGGAAUUACGGGGGAAAUUUUGUCCCAAGGCCAGUGGAUUGCGUGUUUUUAAGUAUUAAUUCCGUCGGAUGGAGUUUAGAGACCUCGGAUGCAACGCGACGCUAUGAUCUGCUGCCUACGGAUCACAUCAUGGAAGCGGUUCUCUCCAAAAACACCCUAGCCUCGCUGUCGACGGUGGCCACGGUUUUACAAUUUCUGACUGGCUCGAUCAUCUGCCGGAGAUAUUUUAAGAAGAAAUCAACGGGAGACACAUCGGCCGUUCCCUUCAUAUCUGGAUUCUUAUCCUGCUUUAUGUGGCUAAAGUAUGGAGUUUUGACCGAGGAGAGCACGCUUAUACUCGUUAACUUUAUCGGUUCGGCGCUGUUCCUUACGUACACCGUGAUAUUCUUCCUGUUUUGCGUCAACAAGCGGGAGGUGGUGCGGCAGAUUAUGGUCGUUUCCUGCAUUAUACUGAGUGCCACGGUGUACACUACCUUUUCCACCGAUACGGAAAGAUCGGUGCGGGUUAUAGGACUACUUUGCUGCUUUUUGGCGGUAAUUUUUUUCGCAUCUCCGUUGUCCACGUUGGCACACGUUAUCCGGACGCAAAACACCGACAGUCUUCCUUUUCCGAUCAUCGUGGCGUCAUUUUUUGUGUGCCUCCUGUGGACUGCGUAUGGUGUACUUAUCAACGAUCUUUACGUUCAGAUUCCAAACCUUUUGGGUGGUGUGCUGGCAGGCAUUCAGCUGAUGCUGUACGUGAUUUACCCGAAAUCGAAAACUUCCCAUGGCCCCCGCUACUCUCCGUUGGUAUCGGAAAAUCCUGUUUUGUAGUAUUACAUGGGACAAACGGGUAGGACGACUAUUGGCCAGUUGUGAUUGUGUAAUCAUUAGCAUUAUCGAAACGCAAAGGCGUUGUUGUUAAUAAACUCUACUCGUAGAUCGAGCA